CACCACUAAGCACAGACAUCACCAACCUGCAUGGUUAUGGAGAUGGUCUGUCUGAUGCCAAAAAUGUCUCUAGUUUUUUGACAGCGGCUAAAUAACCAUGGGGUCAAGUGGACUUGGGAAAGCAGCAACAUUAGAUGAACUGCUAAGCACUUGCAUUGAGAUGUUUGAUGACAAUGGAGAGCUGAAUAAUAGCUAUUUGCCAAGAAUAGUUCUACUGAUGCACCGAUGGUAUUUAUCUUCCACUGAAUUGGCAGAAAAACUUCUCUGCAUGUACCGAAAUGCCAGCGGGGAAAGCUGUGAUGAAUUUCGAUUAAAGAUCUGCUACUUCAUGAGGUACUGGAUUCUGAAGUUUCCUGCAGAAUUUAAUUUGGACCUUGGUUUGAUCCGUAUGACUGAGGAAUUCCGAGAAGCAGCUAGCCAACUAGGAUAUGAAAAACACAUCAGCCUCAUCGACAUAUCCAGCAUUCCUUCUUAUGACUGGAUGAGAAGAGUCACACAGAGGAAAAAAGUAUCCAAGAAGGGAAAAGCCUGUCUGCUGUUUGACCAUCUGGAGCCCAUUGAAUUGGCUGAACACCUCACUUUUCUGGAGCAUAAAUCUUUUAGAAGGAUCUCAUUCACUGAUUACCAAAGCUAUGUUAUCCAUGGCUGUCUGGAGAAUAACCCAACUUUGGAGAGAUCUAUUGCUUUAUUUAAUGGAAUUUCUAAAUGGGUCCAGUUGAUGGUUCUUAGCAAACCAACUCCCCAGCAAAGGGCAGAAGUCAUCACAAAAUUUAUCAAUGUUGCUAAGAAGCUCCUUCAGCUCAAAAAUUUUAAUACCCUGAUGGCAGUGGUGGGAGGCCUUAGUCAUAGUUCCAUUUCACGCCUUAAGGAGACCCAUUCUCAUCUUUCUUCAGAAGUUACAAAGAACUGGAAUGAAAUGACAGAGCUGGUCUCCUCCAAUGGCAAUUACUGCAAUUAUCGCAAGGCCUUUGCUGACUGUGAUGGCUUCAAAAUCCCCAUCCUUGGCGUGCACUUGAAAGACUUGAUAGCGGUCCAUGUCAUUUUCCCGGACUGGACAGAGGAGAACAAAGUGAACAUUGUGAAAAUGCACCAGCUCUCUGUCACCCUGAAUGAACUGGUCUCCCUGCAGAAUGCCUCUCACCACUUAGAACCCAACAUGGAUUUGAUCAACCUGCUCACACUUUCUCUGGACCUCUAUCACACAGAAGAUGAUAUUUAUAAACUGUCACUGGUGCUGGAGCCUAGAAAUUCUAAAUCACAGCCUACCUCCCCUACGACGCCCACCAAGCCUGUGGUGCCCCUGGAGUGGGCAUCAGGAGUGAUGCCAAAGCCAGACCCCACAGUCAUCAACAAGCACAUAAGGAAAUUAGUUGAGUCUGUGUUUAGAAACUAUGACCAUGACCAUGAUGGGUACAUCUCCCAAGAGGACUUUGAAAGUAUAGCUGCCAACUUUCCCUUCUUGGAUUCCUUCUGCGUGCUGGACAAAGAUCAGGAUGGCCUAAUUAGUAAAGAUGAAAUGAUGGCUUACUUCCUGAGAGCUAAGUCCCAACUACACUGUAAAAUGGGACCAGGAUUUGUCCAUAAUUUCCAGGAAAUGACCUAUCUCAAGCCAACCUUCUGCGAACACUGUGCAGGAUUUCUCUGGGGCAUAAUCAAGCAAGGCUACAAAUGCAAAGACUGUGGAGCCAAUUGUCACAAGCAAUGCAAAGACCUCCUGGUCCUGGCCUGCAGGAGAUUUGCCCGGGCACCCUCCCUGGGCAGUAGUCAUGGGUCGCUGCCUGGAAGCCCCUCAUUGCCUCCAGUGCAGGAUGAGGUGUUUGAGUUCCCCAGCGUCUCCACUGGACACCGAGACUUGGACAGCAGAGCCAUCACGCUGGUUACAGGUUCUUCUCGUCAGAUCUCCGUGAGGCUGCAGCGGGCCACCACCAGCCAGGCCACUCAGACCGAGCCAGUAUGGUCAGAGGAUGGCUGGGGGGACUCAGGAUCUCACACCUUCCCCAAAAUGAAAUCCAAGUUCCACGACAAAGCGGCAAAAGACAAAGGCUUUGCCAAGUGGGAAAAUGAGAAGCCCAGGGUUCAGGCUGGAGUGGAUGUUGUUGACCGUGGCACUGAGUUUGAACCUGACCAGGAUGAAGCAGACAUGGGUGAGACUAGACAGGAUGGUGAGGAUGGCUGACUUCAGGCUGAGGACAGUGAAGGCAAUAAUGUUGGCAUUUGGAAGGAGCAAGAUGAGAAACUCUGAAGAACAGUCCAACUCUCAGGAAGUUACCUGAAAAGAUAUCUGGAUGUUUGCUGCCUGUGACACUAUGGGAUCUCUGUGAUCGAACAAUAGGACAGAGGAUACCUUAGGAACUAUUUAUUUCCUCUUCCCUUGCCCUUAGUCAGGUGCCACAAAGACUGUGUUAUGAUUUUCUGACGUAUCUUCCUCUAGAGCCAUUCAUACAUGGGUGAAAUGAAAGCUUUUGUGCAUGUACUUGAUACGUAUUCUCUAAACUCAGACUUUGCUUUUUUGGAGAGAAUAUUAUUUCAGUAUUUUUAUAAAGUUUGGGGAGGGGGGAUGUUUAACAAGGAGUUGAUUUUGAGGUCUUUUGGUAUACUUUUAAAUGGGACCAGGACUUAAUAUUUUCUUGAAAGACAAGGACCCUCUUCAGAUCCUGGAAUGCAGUGAUUCUUCUAAUGACGAUCUGUUGCAAGGAGAAGCUGUUUACAUUGUUCUUAUCAUACGGUUGCUAUUAUGAUGUGUAAUGAGUCACACAUUUAUAUAUCAUGUAAGUCUUAACAAUUCUAUAUCACUAGGAAGCUACGAAACAGCCAUGAAAACUCUCCUAAUAUAUAUAAUUGCCAUG